CUACCAUGUUAUUCACCAUCGACCUCAAAUCCGGAAACCAUCAGGUGGAUAUCCACCCCGAUUGUUGGCGGUUCCUCGGGUUUACCUUGCAGGGUCAGCGAUACCAAUUCCUCUCAUUGCCGUUUGGUCUCGCGACGGCACCUUUCGUUUUCAUGCAGCUGAUCAAACAACGUGCUAAGCGGUGGCGUAGUCAAGCCAUUCGACUUAUUCCCUAUGUCGAUGUUAUCCUUUUGGGCUCCUGAGAUUGCCCAUGCAAUCCUUCUU